AGAUAAAUGCUUAGCUAUACCAUCGUCAGUUGCCCUGAAUAGAUCAGUAAAAGCGCAAUCGAACAUUCACAUCUCGAUAUAAAUUCAGGAGGAAGCUGUGGGCAUUCAGACACCAUGAACAGCUUCACCUUAUUCCUUCCUUUAUUAUUGUCCUUAUUUAUACAUUCCGAAUGUGGAUGUUAUGAAAACUGGAGCCGCUGCACACCACAAACAGCGUUUGCAACGGGGAUCCUGUGGAAAUCAUGUGCUGAUUACUGCAGAAAAUGUAAGGGUAGAUUAAGCGGGCAUUGUGUCAAAGUUUACAACAAGGAGUGCAGCGGUGGAUAUCAGUGCCAAUGCAUUGGAGGAUCACGUGCUAAAUCAAAAAAUCCACUCGAUAUAGCUACCUGCGCUUUCGGACUAUGACCUCAAACUAUGGCUACUUUGUAAUGACGGUAAAAGCUGUGAUUUCUUUGUGAUUACUUCGUAAAAUAAUUUGUCAAUUUCAUUUCUAUCUUCCUCUUACUCAUCGCAAGUACUCUACAUCGCACGAUAGCUUUACCAAUAAAUUUUGCACAUAUCUAGUGUAAAGGCCGUUUUGUUUCAAACAGACAUACUUUUUGUUCAAUGGGAUUGUUUCAAUGGCUA